GCCUCUGUUAUCAUCAAAAAGCUCGAGAGAAAGAGAAGAGCAAAAAUGGGAGUUUUCACCUUCGUUUGCAAAGGUUCAGGAGACGAAUGGAGUGCUAAGCAACUCAAGGGUGAUCUAGAAGCAUCUGCUUCUUGUACCUAUGAUCUUCAACGCAAGCUUGUUAAAGCUGCUCUUGCUUCUGACUCUUCUGGUGGUGUUCAGUCAUCAUUCUCCUUUGUUACACCUUCCUCUGCUGUUUUCCAGGUGAUCAUUGGUGGUGGCGGCGGCGGUGGUUUCAUUGGUGGUGGAGCAGCAGCAGCAGCUCCUUCAGGUGGUGGGGCAGCUGCAGAAGCAGCUCCAGCUGAGGAGAAGAAGGAAGAGAAAGAAGAGAGUGACGACGAUAUGGGAUUCUCACUCUUCGAUUAGAUUGGGCGUUACUAUAUAGUAGUACAAUUUUCUGUUGAUUUCAUCUUUUGUUAGCUUCAUUUUGUUGCUUCUAAAGUUUUUGAUUAAAACAUUGGAUUAUCAGUUUUGGUGUUUAGGUGUCUAAAAUGACAUUGUGUUUUUAUGGUUCUAUGAACACAUUUUGAGUUACUAUUAUCAAAGAAUGGCUGAAUCUCUCUUAAAGUAUCAACAAUUUUAAACUGA